UCGUCCACCACCAGACUACCACAAAGGAAACAAAAGUGUAUCAACACAACAAAAACAAAAUUUGCCAAUUGGAAUAUUUCUGGUGCUCCAUUUGCUCCUGCGUAAGAUGGCCCAUAACUACCUGCAGCCAGUGCACAAUCAUUUCGACGACAAAUUCGAUGACGUGGACGACGACCUGUUUCUGCAGAACAAGCGCACUGGAACACCCAAAGUCCCUCAGCCGAGAAGCACUAAUCCCUUCGAGAUCGAAGAUGACGAGGAAGAGGCAGCCUGUUCGCCGUCCAUGACAGCGGAGCAGCUGGCGUACGCAGAGAGAAGACGAGCCAUCGAGCAGCGUACUCUGGACUCCACCAACAAAAGCUUGAGUUUGCUCUACGAAACACAAGAGGUGGGCAAGGCGACGGCUGUUGAGCUUGCCAAGCAGCGAGAACAGUUGGAGAAGACCUCCCAUCAGCUGGACGAGAUUAACGCCACUUUGCGCUUCAGCCAGCGUCACCUCAAUGGCCUCAAAAGUGUCUUUGGCGGACUGAAAAACUACCUCUCAGGCAAUCGGGACCAGCCACCAUCGGCUACUGCCUCGCCCACCGCUAGUCAGUCGUCGCAGGAAGCUAAUAGUAACAUUAAUGAGGGAGCAUGCGGCGGAGUAGCAUCUCCCGCUCCAUACUCUCCAACGGAUCCUUACGACAAUCAUCCAGUUAGCCGCUUGCGAGGAGAUCCAAGCAGUACCUACCAAUCUCAAGCUCAGGCAAGCAAUCCCUUCCAGGCCCAAAUUGACGCCAAUCUGGAGGAGAUGUGUGGCAAUCUGUCGGACCUGAAGCUAUUGGCCCUUGAUUUGGGCAGCGAAAUCGAGUCGCAGAAUGAACUGAUUGAUAAUAUGAAUUACAAAAUUGAGGAUGUGGACCUGAAGAUGAACAAGCAGAACAAGGACAUGAGCAAACUGCUCAAGAAAUGAACAUGGCUCGUUAUAUCAUAUUGUUUAAUGCUUUCUUAGAGUAACACCUUUAAUAUACAAAUCAUAGUCAUAACCUGCAUAUACUGUUCCUGGCAGAAAACCCCUCAAGGCCAUUUCAAAAGCA